AUGCGCUUUGCACAUCCAGACUCCGAGCUCAGCACAGAUUUUAUUAUCCACGAAGCUUUCGCUGUGGUAGAUGCAAUAAUGGAUUCGCUGAGUUAUGUCGUCGUGGACAAAGUGCCAGCUCCGCGGGUGUUUGAGAUGGCAGCUGCUCAGAAGAAGUAUCAGGAGGCUCACCGGAAGCUGUUUGGCGAGGACCCCAUCGAAGUGGACGACUCUGACGGGGAAGAACAGGAGGCCACUUUUGCAAUGGUGUGUGGAGACCGGGCCUUCGUCCACCCAUCUGCAGAGCCUGCAGAACCUUUUCAGAUUUAUUGCUUGAGUAUAUGUGGGUCCUGCGGUAUUCUGACCUAUGUACUUCGAUCUGAAGCUAAGGCAAAGGAGAAGGCUAGGAAAGUGAUGAAGCCAAGGACGAAGACGAAACCCAGGGCAAGGGUGAAGCCGACGGCGGCCCCAAAAAAGAUAAAGCCGACGCAGUCGCCAAAAAAGGCAGCGACUCCAGCUGCUGUGGAUCCGACCGAGGUUGAGGCAGCUGCGGAUCCGAGGGAUGGUGGGGAUGAAGCUGCGGUUCCUAAGGAUGUGGCUGGGGAUCGCAAGAGUUUCGCUGGCCGUUAUGUUCCGAAUGGGCCCCCUCACUCCUGGAGAUUUGAAGCUGCUAUCGAAGCCUUUGAUAUGCAUGUGGCUGAGGAACUUCGCAACCGGGGCCUUGCUACCGGCGGCAAUGCGCAAAGGGCCUUCAUGUCCUACUUAAGUGCCGAAGGCUUCCUCGAUCUGACAGCAAAAGAUGAGAUCGAUAUGGCUGCACACGAGCUGGCAGUUGCAUAUGCCACGCAGAAGGCCUGCUUGAGCCGUGUUUGA